AUGAGUGGAGAUUAUAAACCAAAUUAUCAAUCAUCACCAAGUAGAAAAAGGCUACCUUUGCAAAGCAAAGAUCAAGCAUCAAUUUAUAAAUAUCAAACACCAUCGACAUUAAAUUUGUAUAAUAACACAGUAAAUAAUAAUAGUAGUAAUAAUAGUAAUAAUCAUCUACUUCACAAUAGUAACCCAAAUUCAAGUUAUUUAUAUGACUCAUCAAAACAAUAUAGUAAUCAAAUAAAUAUUAGAAAUAAUAGUAAUAGUAAUAGUAAUACAAAUAACAUAACAAGUAAAAAAGCAUCAUCAUCCUAUAGUAUAAAUAAUAAGGUUGAUCAUAAUAGCCAUAAUAAUAAUGAUGAUGAUGAUAUUGAGGAUGAUGUAGAUAUUAAUUAUUCAACCAAUAAUGCAUCAUCAAACAUUUUACACAAUAGAUUUAGUAAUAGUAAUAAAGAUGAUAGUUAUAUAGACUAUUCAACCGAUGAAAACCCCAAAAUACUAAAACAGCCUCAACCAUUAUAUAAUCAUUUAAAUAAUCAAAUUCAGCAACAACAACAACAACAACAACAACAACAACAACAACAACAACAACAACAACAACAACAACAACAACAACAACAACAACAACAACAACAACAACAACAACAAAGAAAUAAUAAUAAUAAUAGUAAUAGUAGUAAUAAUAAUAAUACUUCUACAACAAUAAAAAGAAAUAAUCAACAAAUUGAUAAUAAUAGUAAUAAAAAUAUAAUAUCGAAAUUUAUAGGAGACCCAUGGAAAAACUUUUAUUAUGGUAGUAAUAAAAGUUUAUGGCCAUUCGAAAGAAAUAAUAAUAGUAAUAAUAGUAGUAAUAAUAAUAAUAAAGUUAAUUUUAAACAAGCUAUUUGGAUUUUCAUAUUUUCAGUAUUAUUCAUUGGUUGUUUAUUAGGUUUGUUUUCCACUAAUUUUUAUGGUAUUCAUAUUUAUUUUCCAUCUUUUUCAACAACAAAAACAAAUUCACCAUUUAAUUCAACCAAUAAUAAUAUUCAAUUUUCAAAUCUAAUUACAAAAGAACAAUUAUAUCCAAUAAUUGAUGAAUAUUUUAAAAAAAAUGAAAUUUUAAAAUCAUAUAAUAAAUUAUUUGAAAAGAUUGAAAAUGAUAUUAAAUAUUUAUCAGAGAGAGAACAAUAUAAAGAUAUUAUUAAUGAAAUUAAAGAAGAGCUUAAACUAGUUAAACUUAGUAAUAUGGAUGAAGAUAGAGUCAAUCAAUUAAUAUCAAAGAUGAUCAAUCAUUAUAAUAAUAAUGAGAAUAAUAAACAAGAGUUGAAGGAACUUUUAUCUAAAUCAAUUGAAGAAUUAACCAAAUUGAAAUCUGAUUCAAAAGAACAACUAAUUCAAAUUAGUACUGAAUCAAUGAACCAAUUAGGCCAACUCAAGAGUGAAUCAAUCAACCAAUUAGGCCAAGUCAAGAGUGAAUCAAUUGAUAAAUUCCAGUCUACAUUAAAAAGCUUGUCUAAAGAGGAGCAAAGUAAGAUUGAGAGAGAGUUUAAUCACCAAUUCAAUCAAUUGAAUAAAGAUGCCGAUCAAUUAUUAAGUCAACAUUCAUUAAAGAUUGAGAAAUUGAGAGAGGAGAUCAACGAGAAUCAGCAAUCAUCCCUCUUGAAAUUGACUCAGGAAUAUAAGCAAUUGGAAGAGAGAUUAAAAGAGUUUAGUAGCAAAUUACAACAAUCCAUCUCGUCAUCGUCAAUGGACCAAUUCGAAUCUUGGAAAUUGGUUUUCAUUAAAGAUAUCGAGGAAAGAAUUAACAAGGAAUCUAGCAAACUCACAAACCAAUACAUUCAAUUAACUCAACAAUUUACAAAGAUUCAAUCAUUCAUUAAAGAUAAUCCAUCAAUUGAUUCUCUAACAAAUACAAUCGAAUCGCUCGAAGGUAUUAAACUAUUGAUUGAAGACAUACUUGAGGUUUAUAGUGCUGAUAAAAUUGCAAAAGUUGAUUAUGCUUUAGGUUUAGCUGGUGCUUCUAUUGAAUAUAAUGCAUUACAUUAUAGAGUUAGUGAAACUUAUCCACCAAUUAAAGGAAGUGGUAGUGGUAGUGGUAGUGGUGGUGCCAAUGGUAAUAGUUUAGGUUUAUAUUAUUAUAAUUUAGCUACAAAUUGGAUAUUCCCACAACCAAAACCAAACCCACCUGAAACUAUAUUGGAUCCAAUGGUUAAUACUGGUUCAUGUUGGGGUUUCUAUACUGGUAAUGGCACCAUUGUAAUUAGGCUAGCAAAAAAGAUCGCAAUUACUGAGGUUACAAUGGAACAUAUUAGUUCAAAUAUCUCUCAUCAUAUUGAUUCUGCUCCAAAAGAAUUUCAAGUAUUUGGUCUUAUUAAUUCUUCUGAUAUAGGUCAAUCAUUAGGUGUAUUCACUUAUGAUACAACUAUCAAUAGACAUUUACAAACUUUUAAAGUUAAUAAAAUUCAAUCCACCACCACCACCACCACCAAUCAAGAUCAAAAUGAUGACGACAACAUUCAAGAAUUCUCACAUGUAGCACUUAGAAUCCUAUCAAAUCAUGGUUAUAGAUAUACUUGUAUCUAUAGAUUCAGAGUACAUGGUUAUCAAAUUCCUCAUCCAGAACAAGAACAAAUACAAAUUAUUCAAGAGGAACAAUCUUUUAAACAAGAAGAGAUUAAUCAACAACAAAUUGAACAAAUUGAACAAAUUGAACAAAUUGAAAAACAACAACAAUCUGAUGAAUUAUAA